UCGGAGCCGGGCGUCUCUCCUUUACGAUACGCGAUCAGUCUUCAGCAUUAGUCGUCGCUGAACCUUCGUCUUGUGAACGUCUACGCGCAACCCAACAAAACUACCGAGCCCGACACAUAAACCAAAAUGGCCACCAUCACGAGACUCGCCAUCAUUAAAUUUUUGGAACUGCUAAUCGUGUGCAUCCUUAUAGGAUUGCAUUACCAUUCUUUUAAUGCUGGAAGUAUACACACCGCCAUGAUCACGAUGGGUACCUUCGGCGGAUAUUUAAUUAUUCUCGUGGGAUUAUUCGCUGGCAGUGUAAUGGGAACGCCAGUUAAUCGUCGCGUGGAUCUUUUCUUCGCUCUCGUUGGUUGCGCUCUGUUCAUCGUUGCUGGUGCUUUGAACAUCGAUUUCUUUUCAAACAUAACUUGGAAGAACUCUUUCCGUGACACGGGACUCGCCAAAGGAUCUAUCAGCAUAAUCGAAGGAGCGUUACUACUCGUGGACGCGUUUCUAACGUUUCGAGGGGAGAAUUGAAAAUAAAUUACCUUUAAUGUAACAUCAGGGACCGCACAGCUACCAACCAUUUUGUACAGUACAAUCACAUUCCGUGAUAAGGAACUGUCGAAAUUUUCAUUGACGAAAUACUGCCAAAGAACAAAUGAAUUACUUUAUUAAACAUUUCCCGGGAAGUAUCAUCUCGAACAAAAUGAUGUUCCUUCUCGUGAAUGUUUAUCAAUUCAUACCUGAAAUAAUUAUGAACAUACAAACUACAAAAUAAGAAACAAAUACGAGGUACAAAUAAAAGGAACUUUGUAAUAAAAUCGUCAGACCAAACAAUCUUUCAGGGGGAAAAGCCUUUCAAUUAUUUAUGUACUAAAAUGAAUAAUAUUUGCAAAAUAUGAUUAUUUUCGAAAGAAUGCUUCUUGUAUUAAAAUUAUAAUAUUUUUAUACAAUAAGAAGUAUCUACGUGUUAUAUGAUUAAUAGAGGUUGUGAGUAGUAAGUCAUGAAAGUAUACGCACAUUAAAAUCUGUACAGUGCCAUACAGUUAAAAAUGCAGUGCAUCUUGUUGAAAAAUAAAUCGGAAAUGUUAAUCAAACCUGGCCAUUCAUACCUUUCUGCAAUCAUUCAUCCUCAGAUAAAUACUAUACUAACAUUGUUAAUUGAUUACACAAAAAUAUGUUUCACCCUGUGAAUUUUUAUAUUACAUUUUCGAUUUAUAUCUGAAUAGCAAGACAUUAAGAUUCUCACAUGUAAAACAUAUUAUGGGAUAGUUAUUACUUUUAUAAACGGAGUAAACAACUUACAAUAAGACAAAGGUAUCGAAACUUGAGUAGCGUUCAAUAAAAAUUUGAGUUUUAUCUUCAAUCAAAUUAUUCGUUGGAAUAAUAAAUGUUUAUAUAAUUUAUUUUUUACAAUUUAUUCUAUAAAGAUAAGAUUCUUUCGAAUACUUUCGUGCUUAUUGUUCAUAAACUAUAUGUAAUCCCAAGCAAUCAUUUAUCAAAAAUUUAGAUUAGUGAGUGGCAUAAUGUGUGACAUUCAAAAAUAUAAUGCAUAAUAAUGAUUUCGAAUUGUUAACAUUAAUCGACGAUACCAAAAUACGAUACCGAUACGUUUUUCUAGAAUAAGCUGCAGUCCCUCUCUAAUUUUACGGCCAGUGAAAGUUGUAAUCAUUAUUGCUACGCAUAAAUUAAUUUACAGUCGCGUUCUGUACACAAUACGAGAGGUGAGCGUCAGUUACUGCGCGGAAGUAAUACGUAUUGUCCUUCUUUUUACUGAAUAACACUUAGAAAGUUAACUCUAUAUUUUUUAUACGCAGAAACGUUACUUUUUUACAACGAUAUUUUGUGCUUUCGUUCUGAUUUAUUUGUUAAUUUAUAUAUUUUAUACAAAAGUUCUCUAUUUUAAUCGCUAUAUUUGCAAUAUACAUUGUAACAGAACGUUACGAAUGUUAAUAUAUAAUAUAUGUACCUGUGUGCAAUUAUUUAAAAUAAAUUCUUUAACUUUGUAAAUAAUUUAUACUUUCUUUCGAAUCAAACUCAAACUGUUUAACGAAAUACCAAGUUUUAUAAAAUUUAUUGUCUAUUUAAAAUUGAAGCUUUUUGUCGUUUGAUAAUAUGUAAAUGCGAGAAAGAUUAUAAAUAUACAUAAUUUCUGUAAACAAGAAUAAAGAAAUACAACUGUG